AAGGGAAUCACGGAACAACGGAAGCACCAAACUCAACUCAGAAGAAUCAAAUCGGAGAGAGGUAAAAGUCAAUUUCGGAAGAAAGAAAAUGGGAGAGAAGAAGGAGAUGGUGGCACCGGAAUACGACGUGAACGCUAAGUGGGAUGCGUGCAUCGAUCUCACGACGCGCCGUUUCGUCUACUCCUCCCUCGGCGGCGCCUUCGCCGGUCUUCUCUUCUUCAGGAGUCCUGUUACAAGAUGGGCGUCUAUUGCCUUUGGUGCUGGAAUCGGUAUUGGCUCUGCAUACACUGAUUGCUCUCGUGCUUUUGAUGCAGACACUUCUGUAUCUCAGGCGGCAGAAGAGUAGAGAAGGAUGAUAAAGCAGUAAGUGAACCCAUGCGAAGAUCAGCAGGGUAUUCAGAAAACACUCAUAUGAUUUUGAAUUGUUUCCUUUUUUUUGGUCAAAUGGACAAGUACUUUGAGGUUAAUGCCCAAAUGUAAAACCUUCUCUUCUGUCUUUCUUUCUUAUGUUAAUCGUUUUGAACAAA